AUGUCGGACUCUGUGGACCGCGUAUUUGUCCACGCGCUAGCCACGGUCCGACGAUUACCACGCACUGGCUCUUCGCGGCCACCUCCUUCAGCCCGUCUACGUCUCUAUGGCCUCUACAAACAGUCUAUGGAAGGAGAUGUGGAAUCUAUUCUCCCCCGACCGACGGUCCCCUCAGUUUCUCCAGAUCCGAACAACUCAAAGUCAAAUAAUGUCCAUCGCUAUGCCUCCCGAGACCUAAGGGUGCGAGAAGCCGAGGCAGAAAUAGAGAAAUGGGACGCAUGGCAUGCUUGCGCCGGCAUGAGCCGCACAGAAGCCAAACGCCGGUACAUCAGCACGCUGAUAGAGACGAUGAAGGAGUAUGCCAGCGGUACGCAGGAGUCCCGCGAACUAGUGGCGGAGUUGGAGUUCGUCUGGAAUCAAAUCAAGAGCCAGAGUGGCAGUUCGGAGGAUGAAGACGCAGACUCACCCACCCGACGGCUAGAGCGUGCCGGCUUGAAACAGAUGACCAGCUUCGGAAGUAUACCUCCCGGGCAAAGUACUGGAGGCGAAGGUGGAAGUCUAAGCAGGAUGAACUCGGAUCCGAAUCGAUUGAGGGUGUUGUCACCGGUAUCACAGCGAGACAGCGAGGAUAUAGUGGAAGGUGAGGAGGUGGAUCCAGCAACAGGUGCUCUGGUUGGGCCUCUUUCAUCGUCAAGGCCUGUCUCUUCCGACCCGGACUGGAAGAGUCGCAUCGAUUCUCACCUGCGACAUCUAUCGACCGAAGUCGCCGCACUCCGUGAACAACUGUCACAGAAUAAACUCCUGUCCUCGUCGUCAUUAGACGGCACUUUUACAUCCCGGCGGCGGCGGAUACUUCAUCGAACAUCGGCCUGGAUCAAAUGGCUAGCAUGGGUGCUCAUCCGGCAAAUCCUUGUUGACGCAGGCUUGGUCUGCCUCUUCAUCCUCUAUGCCAGAGUGAAGGGACAUAAAGAUCGCCGAGUGGAAGAUUGGGCCCGACGGCGGUGGAAGGACGCGACACGAUUUCUUGCCGAAAUGAAUGGCUGGCUGAGAGGAUCAAUAUCCGCGGUACGGAUACCUGGGCUGAAAAGUUGA